AUGAGACGAAAGAGUUUUUGUGUGAAAGUUGCCCCUUUUUUGUUUCUUCUCUCUGUUGGGAAAUUUUUUCGAUUCUUUAAAAAAUACUUUGAGUGCUUUUGCUGCUUUUUAAAAGAAGAAGAACGAAAGAUGCUCCUCUUCUCCUCCUCCUCCUCCUCCUCCUCCUCCUCUUUUCAGAAGAGGGAGAAGAAGAAGAAGAGGAGCAUCACCAUCGUCGCGUCGUUGUUCCUCUUCGGGGUGGUCUUUCUUUGCUCUCGCGUGGUUUUUGAACCAGUUUUCUUGCUCAAAAGUGUCACCCCGCAAGAAGAAAAAAGGGUGUUGGGGGUUCCUAGAAGAUAUGAAAAAAAUACUAUCAUGUUGAAGAGAAGAUGGAGAGACGAAGACGACGACGCGGAAAGAGUAGACAAACUGCUGGUGUCUUCUUUGAGAAGACUGUCGAAGGAAGAUCAGUAUUAUCGCGAGGAGGAAAAGCCUCCGGAAAAGAAGAAACGAGUACAACAACUCGAUGAUAAAAGUGGUACCCAAGGCGUUUUUGCCCGAGAGAUAUGUUUGUUUGCGCCGAGCACUCUCGAUCGGUUAAAAUCGGUACUCCCCAGGCUCGCGCAAACGUGGUCGGGGACGAUGUCUGUUGCCGUGCUCGCCUCUGAGGAGGACGUUAGGAGAGAGAUGUUCGGUACGAGUACUCGAGAGUUCACGAGAAAUCGUCUGACCGUCAUCGCGGUGGACCCGUUGCCAGAGUACGAAACGAGAUUCCCGGUCAACGCGUUGCGAAAUUUGGCCUUGUCGGGAUGUAAACGCACGCUGAACGCCACGUACGUUGUUCUGCACGACGUAGAUUUCGAAAUCUUUCCGGACGCGCCAUCAAAAGAGCUACUCGAAGAAAUUGAGGAAGUUUUAAAACCAAACGCGAAGCACGGAUUAGUUUUGCCAUCGUUCACGGCAGACGAUCGAUACUUGCGCAGAGUCGAGACGUUUCGGAAAGCACACGACUUUUCGCGCGAGUCGUUGGACGUUUUGAACAGCUUCAAUCGGAAGGAAAAACUCGUAGAAUUGAUAAAAGAGUACGGUAUAGUCGAAUCGUUCCGCGAAAAAUACUGGCCGGUGGCGCACGCGGCGACAAACGUAUCUAAGUGGCUUUCGAUGAUUAUUGCAGAGAAAAAGAAGGACGCAGAGAAGCAUCGACCGUACUCGGUAGGCGCGAAUCAUCUCGGGAGUCGACAUCCGUAUUAUUACGAGCCGUGGAUAAUAUUGCGCGCCGAUGUCGACGAUAUGCCAGCAUUCGAUGAAUCUUUCGUGACGUACGGGUUCAACAAAAUAAGUUGGAUACACGAGUUGUCGGCUGAUGGUUACAAGCUCUUCGUGUCUCUCUCUUCGUGGAUGGUUCACACCAAUAUUCAUCCUAACAGAGGAUCGCAAACCUCUGGCGAGAUGCUUCAAAGGUGUAAAAAUACGGCGAAUACCGGUAAAGAUUUCCGCAUUUCUCGCAUCGGUCAUAGCUGCAUCCCAAAAUUUCUUAAGCGGAUCGAGUGCGCGUAUAAUUUUGGCCUCGAACGAGUGCAAUGGCCGACAUCGAAUGACUCGGUUCCAGAACGGUAUUUAGUGGAUACCAUGCGAAACGAAAGUCGAAUCGCGUGUUUUGGCGGAUGCGUCACGGAUCAAGAACCCGUGCCAAGAACACCGCCGCUCGCCGUGUUACAAGGCUACGGCGGUCGAGUCACAAAACGCGUCGGCGAGAAACCGCCGAGAAGGAGAAGAGAAAAGUGCGAGAGGUUGCGCCCAUCCUCUUCUGCGACGUGGACGCUUUGA